CCUCCUUCAUCUUGGUAACUCAUCCAUCUUCUUUUUUCUUUUUCAUCGUCUGGAUGCUUUUCAAAUCUAAAUUUGGCCUAGAGUGUUGAUCUUUCUGCUUUCUUUUGGUUUUAUUUUAUCGACUUUGAAUAGAUGGAUUGGUUGUUGGAUCCGGAUUCAAUGGUUCUUGUUGUUGUUUGUUGGUGAUGGUGGUCAUGAUGAGGAGGGGGAGGCAUUAACUUGGGUUUUGCUUGUUUUUUAUUUGUGUGUUCUGAAGAUGAUUUCGUUCGCAGAUUUCUUUGUGAAAAUCAACAACAAUGCUCCAGUGUUUCAAAGACAAGUUCCUCAACAAACAAAUAUAAUACGAUACGAUGAAUAAUCAAUUGUCUCUCGAGAGUGAGAUUAAACACUCUCUUCAAUGAAUUGGAUGGUCAAUAAGAUCUAGAUAUUAUUUGGGUUCUGGUAUUCAUCAAUUUGUGUGUUUCGAUCAGCCACCAUUGUCUAGUGUCAAUUGCUGUUGUCGACAAUACAAAGAUCCAAAAUCUCUGUUUUUAAAAGCAAAGACGACUCUUUUGGCCUCAAAAGUCUGCUGCUGCUGCUGCUUGGAUUAGCUAGGCCUUAUCUAUUAAAUGUCAUAUUGCAAUGUUCAUUUCUUCCCGGGCUGGAGUCAAAGACCCGUUUCAAUCUCGACCUCCUCUUUUCUACAGUAUGCAAAGGAAUCCUCAUUUAUCAUCAACUUCAAUGCUCCACCACUUCUUUGUUUCUCUAGUUUUUCCUUUGUGAUUGCACUCCUAACAUUGCUCGAGUUAAAUGAGGUAUCAGAGAGUAAGCCCAGAUUGUGCUCCUUUAAGCAAUGACAAAAAACCCAAUGGAGCCGAGAACGGAAGGUCAAUCCCCAAUGGAUUCAAUUCCACAAGUACUAAUUUUGAUACUAAAGGUUUCAGAUUUAGAUCUCCAUCGGGAAACCAAGACCACCACAAUAACAGUACAACCAGUUCUCCACAUUCGGAGAACAACCACAAUCAGACACAAAGACGUGACUCUAGUCCGGGUCCUAGCCCGAGCCGAGGUGGCAACGGUGAUAUGUUGUUGCAAUGGGGACAAAAGAAGAGAGCUAGAGUGUCAAGGUCUGAGAUCAGGGCCUUGGCUGAUGAAUCGUCAUCUUCUGGUCAAGCUAGACAGCCCAUCAACAGGGUUCCUAGGAGAGUUGAUAACAAGUUCUCUCCGCCCACCAUGCCACCACCGCCUCCACCACCACCACCACCAUCCCAACAGUCCAUUAGUACUAGCACCAGAGGUGGAAACUUGAAGAAAGAAAAUUCUGGGUUUCUUUCACAGAGGAAUUUAGAAAAGCGAUCCGGUGCUGGAAAUGGGUCCCCGUCAAGAAAUAGUGGUGGCAGUAGCAGGGUUGUUUCUAGAUCUACUGCAGGAAAGAGAUCUCCUCCAACACCAGAAAACAUUGAUAGAAAGAUGCCUCGCUCUAGGUCAGCGGCAAAGGAUGAGAAACCAAAUGGAUCAUUAGUACAAGCUGAUCAUCAAAUGAAUCAAGUUGAUUCCACGCCGUCUAAAUCAGAGAAGGAAGCUGGGGUUAUAACUAGCAAUACUGUCUCAGUUCCAGUAGUAGCUAGCGGAGGAGAAAAGGCGAACACCAACGAAGUCAUCGAGUGGCCAAGGAUAUAUAUUGCUUUGUCAAGGAAGGAAAAAGAGGAUGAUUUCUUUGCAAUGAAGGGCACAAAACUACCACAACGACCCAAGAAAAGGGCUAAGAACAUUGAUAAAGCACUUCAGUAUUGUUUUCCAGGGAUGUGGUUAUCUGACUUAACAAAGAGUAGGUACGAGGUUAGAGAGAAGAAAUGUGUGAAGAAGCAAAAACGAAGAGGGCUGAAGGGGAUGGAAAGCAUGGACAGUGAUUCCGAGUAGAUGGCCGGCAGUAAAUGUUGUUCUAAUUAUGAGAGAGAUGGGGAAAAGAAGCCCUCACUCAAUGCUGCUGCCUGUGGUUUAUUACUGUUGAUGCGUAGCGGGUAGGGCCACCCACACUGUUUUGAAAUUUACCUGCCCUACUGUUGAUGAUAUCGCUAGAAGAGUGGAUAGCCAUGGGGAUUUAUUCUGGUGGGUCAAAUGCCAUGAGUCCAGCAACAACAGAUGGAUAGUGGCAAGCCAGUGAGCUGGAUGGUUUCACAAGAUGGGUCGGGCCAGCUCAACCACCGAGCCACCUCGCAUGCUGACAGAAACCAGUUUGUGGAAGACAAGAGGAUCUUUCUGCGUUUCUUUUGCGGUCAAAUUUUUGUUUUUAAAUUCUUUGGUUCAUACUCUGUACAGAAUUGCUCCUGCGUUUUUCCCAGCACCAAUCUCAGAGCAGCUUUUCUUCUUC